AUGCGGAUUCACGAGCGAGCAGAGCCGUCAAACCACAACCACCGCCAAAAGAGAAACCGCCAAAAAAGCCUGUGUUCUGACGUAUUGCGUGUUUUUCACAAACAAUUAGGUGUCGACGCCCGUUUCCCCAACGUCAACCAGACCAAGCACUGCUGGCAAAACUACGUCGAUUACCACAAGUGCAUUCUCGCCAAGGGCGAGGACUUCGCUCCCUGCCGCCAGUUCUGGCUCGCCUACCGCUCUCUCUGCCCCAGCGGCUGGUACCAGAGAUGGGACGAGCAGCGUGAGGCUGGCAACUUCCCCGUCAAGCUGGAGUAA